GGCGAGAGUGGAAGUGGGGGGAUUGUUCAUGCGAAGAUUGAGGGCGGAAGCACUGUGGCGGUGACCAAAAAUCCAUCGCUGGCCGCGCGAGCGCCACCACCCACCCCGCCCUCUCCACUCCUCGGCUCUGCCGCCGCCGCCGCCGCCUCUUCUCCUUCUCCUUCUUCUCCAUCGACCAAGACCACCACGCCUCGGGUGGUCCUCCCCUCCGUACCCACCUCCGACCUACAACACGCAGCAACACCGCCUUCUUCUUCAUCAUCGUCAUCUUCAUCGUCGUCGUCGUCGUCACUACCUACCUCUCCGCAUUCUUCGCCCUCGCCACGCUCGCCUCGCGGCCUCCCGUCGCCCGCGCGCUCCCCGCGCUACGCACCGCCCUCGCCCGUGGCCAUCAACGGAUCCCUGCGCCACGCCGCCAAGACCAAGAAGCCGCCGCCGGCGCCGCCGGGCUCGGGCUCGUCGUUAGGGUCGGCCGCGUCCGCGCAUCAGGUGACGUCGUCAUCGCCGCCGUCGUCCACGCCAUCGUCGCCGCGCGAUGACAACGGCAACGGCGAACCACAAUCAGCGGCGGACCACGACAGAAGAAAGAACAAGAAGGAGAAGAAGAUGAGGAAGAAGAACCGGCGGAGC